AUGGCUUUGAAUGCAGAGCCGGCGGACCCUAUCGCACGGGACGAGAAGGACCUCCCGCCCAAAAGUUAUGCGGACGCCCUGGAGCAGAAUGACGAUGAUUACGAUGGGGAAGGCGACACGCUGAUCGACGAGGAUUCGAUCAAAGAGAGCCCACCCCGACCUACCCACAACCGCCAGAGCAGCGAACCACGACCACUCGGCGAGAUGAUCGACGAGGCGGAUGAGGCGCGCACGUUGACGUCGAGUCCGUCGCUCCGGCAUACUAAGGGCAGGCUGGAAGAGGUUGACAACAGGGAGACCUACGCAGAUGCUGUCAAGGAAGGCCUGCCGGAAGCCAACGGCAACGGCGAUGCGACUAGCGAACAGAAGCAUACCGAGGGCAACAAGACGCCGGAAGUCUUUGAGAGCACUGGGAAAGACGAAGUCCCUCGGACGCCGACACUACGACGAACACACAAGCGCGCUUCAUCGAAAGACUUGAACGGAGUGAUCAAGCAGAACGACCAGCCGGGUGAGAUAUCCCCACUGAUCUCCCCCAAAUCCCUCGUCCCCGAUCCAGCCGUCAACAACCACGAAGUUGUCUUCGAAAGCCUGAACGGCAAGUCCGGCGAUAACUUGGCCUCGCUCCAACCUGGCAAUGGCUACUACCUCUCCAUGGAGCAGAAAGAAAAUAAAGCCACUUCCGCCGCACCACCGCCCAAGUUUGACGGCCGGCCACAGCUCAAUUCGCGCAACCGCCGAGAUAGCGAGCUAGUGUCUGGACGCCGCGCAGGUGCCAACUGGCAGCGCAGCGCCAUCCGCUGGGCUCCCUUCAACACCCCUCUUCAACGCCGCCUCCAAACCGGACUCGUCCUCCUACACACCCUCAGUAUAGCCGGACUCUUCGCCUUAUUCUGCCUCCUUUGCUCCAUUCCCCUCCUCUGGCCCAUCCUCCUCCCCUACCUCAUCUACGUCCUCCUCUCCCGCGCCGCCACCGACGGCAAGCUCAGCCAACGAAGCGAACGUUUGCGCCAAAGCAAAAUCUGGUCUCUCUUCGCCUCCUACUUCCCUGCCCGUCUCCACCGAACGGAAGAACUACAGCCAACACGGAAGUACAUCUUCGGCUACCACCCGCACGGCAUCAUCUCCCACGGCGCCUUCGCAGCUUUCGCAACAGAAGCGCUGGGCUUCUCCCAGCUCUUCCCCGGCAUCACCAACACCCUCCUCACCCUCGACUCCAACUUCCGCAUCCCCCUCUACCGCGACUACGCGCUGCGCAUGGGCCUCGCCAGCGUCUCCCGCGAAUCCUGCGAGAACCUGCUAACCCAAGGGGGGCCCAACGGCGAAGGCAUGGGCCGCGCCAUCACGAUCGUCGUAGGCGGUGCAAGGGAGUCUCUCGACGGCAAACCAGGCAAGCUCCGUUUAGUGCUGAAGCGGAGGAAAGGCUUUGUGAAGUUGGCGGUGAGGACGGGAGCGGAUUUAGUGCCUGUGCUCUCGUUUGGCGAAAACGACAUCUACGACCAGCUAGACACUGAAAAGCAUCCUUGGAUCCAUAAGGGACAGAUGGCUGUGAAGAAGUUUAUGGGGUUUACUGUGCCGCUUUUUCAUGCGAGAGGCGUCUUCAACUACGACGUCGGCCUCAUGCCCUACCGCCGCCCCAUCAACGUCGUCGUCGGCCGGCCCAUCGAGGUCCAGCAGUCCGCGAACCCGGACCCGGCGUACGUCGAUCACCUGCAUGCACAGUAUGUUGAUGAAUUGAUGCGGAUUUGGGAAGAGUGGAAGGAUACGUUUGCGCGGGGACGGAAGGGGGAGUUAGAGGUGGUGGAGUAG